AUGAGUGUCACUUUGCAUCUCGCUUCCCACACCACAUUUCAUGACUUGAUUGCAAUGGAAGAAGAAAUUGAGGAUUUGUUGAUGGAAGAGGAGGAAAUAUUAAAUGCGGUUAAGAAGAAGAAUGAGUUCAAAGAUAUUUUAAAGAAGCUUUAUGAAGAGUAUGUCAUGCCACCACAACCACCUACUUAA